GAGAGCUACUGAGGAAGAAGAACCCGAAGAGAGAUAUUGCAGAUUGCUACGCAGAAGCAAAACCUCCAAUAAUAAUCAGCAAAAAGAGAAGAAAAAAAACCCAUCAAAGAAGAAAUUAAAAUAAAUCUAAAUUAUAAGAGAGAGAGGAGAGAGAAGAGAGAGAAGAGAGAGAGAGAGAGACGGAGGUUGAAGGACAGUGAAAGCAAACGAAAGUUCGAAGCUCCGAAGAUUCGGACCCAGCCACUCAGCUUCAAUUUCUCUUCAAUUCUUCAAGUUCGUCAAAAGGUCAGAGCUACGGCAAUCUCUUCGUCGUCGUUGUUCAAAUGCUAUUGAACUUACUGGGCGAGAUUCAAUGUGCUCCAUGUCUCUGCAAUUCGUGCUCUGUUCCCUCUACUCCACUUCCCGCAACUCACUGAUCUCCUUCUCCGACUUUGAAAUUUCGUGUUCCGAACUUCCGAGCUUGCGAAUUCUGCUGAAAGAAUGAUGGGUUUGUAUUGGUUCGACGAUGCAGUACGCGUUUUGUUGUAGUUGUUGAAAAAAAAAAUUCCGUGUUCUGAACCUGGGUUUCUUUGUUCGAAGUUAGGGUUUUGAUUUGCGAUUGAUUUGCAAUAGGUUGAAAUUGAUUUUGAAUUUUUGGCGGGAUUUAGUGAGCCAUGUAGUGGGUUUAACUUCUAGGGUUGUGUGUUUGAGAAGUUGCGAUUUGGAGUUGCAUUCUGUGCUUUGUAGUUGGGCAACGAAAGGAUCAGUUGGAAGUAUGAUUGCUACAAUUAUCCUUGAUCUGGAGGGGUGAGUUUUAGGAACUUGUCCAAAUGAUGCUGACCUUGAAAAUUAAUCUGCAUUGAUUGAUAUGUGGGAGUGAAAAUUUUGUGGUUUUUUUUUCUUUUUCUUUUUCUGUGAACUUGAAUAGUGACUGUGUUCAUCUUGGUGUCUGGAAUUAAGUGAUCUUGUAAAGGGUGUGUGAAUCUGUCUGCUGAGAAAUGCAACCUCAGCAGAGCUUGAGAAUUGACUUGGGUGAAUUGAAAUCUCAGAUAGUGAAGAAGCUUGGAACUGAUCGGUCAAAACGGUAUUUCUUUUACUUGAACAGGUUCUUGAGUCAGAAGCUGAGUAAGAAUGAGUUUGAUAAGUUAUGUCGUCGGGUGCUCGGGAGAGACAAUCUUUGGCUGCAUAAUCAGUUGAUACAGUCAAUUUUGAAGAAUGCGUGCCAAGCUAAGGCUGCGCCGCCGUUACCUGUAGCAGGCUAUCCGAAAACUUCAACACAAUCUGCAAAAGUUUCCCCUGUUAUAGAAGAUGGGAAUGAGGACACUGGAGCUGUUUAUCCUACUUCUACUCAAAGUAUUCCCAUUUGGUCUAAUGGAGGAUUUCCAGCGUCCCCAAGAAAGAGCAGGUCUGGGAUACGCGACCGCAAACUCAAGGACAGGCCGAGUCCACUGGGGCCAAAUGGGAAGGUCGAAUGUAUCUCACAUCAAUCAGCAGGCAAGAAAGAUGGAAGCUGUAAAAUGAUGAUGGUUAAUGGUGAUGCAACUCUAUGUGACUAUCAGAGACCAGUGCAACAUCUGCAAGGAGUCGCUGAACUGCCUGAAAACAAUAUCGAGGCUAGAAUUCGACCAGCAGGAAAGCAAGUCCUAAACAAUAAGAUCCAUGAUGAAGGAACUAAGGUUGGAGACCGGGAAGAAGCGGGACACUCAAUCCACUCGGGUUUACUUCAAAGUCGCUUACUGGCACCCCUUGGGAUUCCUUUCUGCUCAGCUAGUAUCGGCGGGGCCCGCAAAGCAAGGCCUGCGGAUUUUGGGGGUGAUUUCGUUAGCUUUAGCGAUAUUGGUCAUUUAUCGGAUACAGAGUCAUUGAGACGACGCAUGGAACAAAUUGCUGCAGUACAUGGCCUAGGCAGUGUUUCUGCAGACUCUGCUAAUAUUUUGAAUAAGGUGUUGGAUGUAUAUUUGAAGCAGUUAAUAAGGUCUUGUGUUGGCUUGGUUGGAACAUGCCCUAUGCCAUGUGAGCCCGAGAAGCCUCUUACCGAUAAGCUACAGGUUCAGGGGAAGGUGAUCAAUGGUAUGUUGCCGAAUAAUCAAUUACACGGGCGACAUAGCAAUGGAAGCAGAGAAGUUAUGCACGAGCACAGAUUACGGUGCUCGGUAUCGUUGCUUGAUUUCAAAGUAGCAAUGGAGCUUAACCCAAAGCAACUUGGGGAAGACUGGCCUUUGCUGCUGGAGAAAAUUCGUAUGCGUGCAUUCGAGGAAUGAGACGACUCUGCUAUAUCCGUUUGUCACAUUCCACAGUUUGUUUGACUCGUCAUGGUUCAAAGGGGUCGAGAAUGGAUCUCAAAGACCUCUCAGCUCUGCUCCUUUGUGCGAGUAAACAAGAUUGCUCAAAACUCGAUAAAGCUCCUACUUGCAAAGACGAAAAGCGGGUCGAACAUCAAAACUGGCGUUUAUUCUCGGGAAUUAUUUAACUGUGACUAAGCUUGGGCACUGUCAGUCGGAACGCCCAUCACUGAUUGAUCUAUGUUUCGCAUUUAAACUGGCCAUAACCAUGAUUUAAAGAUCUCAAGCUUUUCGUGUAAAUUUAGAUCACUGAGGAAAUAUACAAAAUUUUGCAGAGA